GUGAAAGGGCAUCUUUCACAACAGCAGUAUGAAAUUUCCGUUUUGCGUCAAUCCAGGCCCCAGACGGGCUGGAUUAUAAAUUUCAGCAACCAUCAAUGACUGUUUCAACGUCUUGAGCAACAAAUUGUGGUGAAUCUGACUCACUUGUAAUAAUAAAUAAUCAAACAAAACCGGUGUUUCAUGCCUCCUGGCAUAAUUUCGGCUUUGUUAUUAAAACAGUUGUGGAUUCCCUAUGAUUCGCUACAUUGUUACGGAAAUUUUAAUUCACGCACGUGUCAUAGGUUACUCAGAAUUCAGAAAAAUUCUAAACAAUUGAAUUCUCAUAAAGUCGACCUAUUGAAUCUGUGCCACCGUUUUGAAUUUAGUUUGUCUUUAGACACCAUGAUUGUGAUAAGUGUAGUUGUGGUUUGUUUGUUACAGUGUAGGUUUUUGUGUCAAGGAGCACCUCUCCAAGAAUCCAAGUUCGCUCAAAUUCCAUCUGGAGAAGCACUAAAAUUUUUAAAGAGGUUCGGAUAUGUUCAGGAAGAUAAUGGUGAAUCUGAGGCUCUUUAUACCGAGGAAGGAAUUUCCGAUAUUAUCAAAACUAUGCAGAGAUUUGGAGCAAUUGAAGAAACUGGAGUGUUUGAUAAUGCCACACUCAAGCUGAUGUCAUCCCCUCGAUGUGGAGUUCCAGACAUCAUCAGAUCAUCUCGCCAAAAGAGAUUUGUUUUGGGUCCAAGUGGAUGGGAAAAAAGAAACCUGACUUAUUAUUUGGCCAACUGGUCGCCAAAAUUGGGUGAAGACAUGAUAGUGAAAAACAUUCAGAAGGCCCUCGAUAUUUGGGCUGAUUAUGGCAGGCUUCACUUUCGACGAGUUUUGAAUCCCGAUGCUGAUAUCAUUGUAGCUUUUGGAAGCGGAUACCACGGAGAUAUUUUCCCCUUCGAUGGUCCUGGAAACAUCCUGGCCCACGCCUUCUUUCCCAGCACCCACGACCCCAUGGGGGGUGACAUCCACUUCGAUGACGAUGAAAUGUGGGUUGAUGGAAUCGAAAAUAAGGAAGGGACACAAUUUUUCGCCGUAGCACUGCACGAGCUUGGUCAUUCUUUAGGUCUUGCUCACACUCCAGUGGAGUCUUCGGUGAUGUUCCCUUACUACAAACUCCCGGAGUCUGGGGGGACGCCUCAGUUGGGGUACGAUGAUAUUUUGGGGAUGUAUGAUCUGUAUAUUUACGCGAAAACCGCGAGGAAUAGAAGGCACAACACCACCAACAAUAUAGCUCCGGAUAUACCGGAUAUCUGUGACGGCCGUCUUGAUGCUGUAGCAACUCUGCGAGAUGAGCUUUUUGUUUUCAGAGGACAAUAUGUUUGGCGCUAUAAAGAAAAGAGAAGAUUGGAAAAAGGUUAUCCUGUGAAACUGCAUGACAUGUUCCCCAAAUUACCGAAAUCGAUAACAAAAAUCGAUGCCGCCUACCAGAGGCCUGAUGGCAUGAUCGUCAUAUUCACAGACUCUGGAUGUUUCUGUGGACCUUCCCCAUACUAUGAUGUUGCAGCUGAUGGUGCUAUAUACCAGUGCAUAAUAUAA